UAAAAACGAUUACUGUAAUUGUUGUCUCAACUAGGCGUGGUAGCAUCACGAUCAUUGGUUCCUUUCACGCAAAUUUUCGAAUAUUCCAGGAAUUUUGGGGCAAUUAGAUCAGAUCAUUUAUGUAUUUGCGCACGUGCACUUCGACCACCAUCACAUUCACACAAUUCGACAUCGUCCUCAAUUUCUGUCGUACGUACACGAUACGUAUGUACCUCUCGAUACAUUGCGAUAAAUUCGAUGUUUGUAGUGCUUUGAAUUGACAAUAGACAUAACCAAAUAUUAACUCCACCUACGAUGUUCCGGUGAACAAGAAGCGCGUGUAAACAAAUAUGAAAAUCGAAACGUAUAAAAGAUCUAAUCUUGUGGAGUUUGAACAGGUACAAGAAAAAAUUAAAAGAACGUAGUAAAGAGAAUCGGAACUCAGUUUAUACCAGUCUACAAUCCCAACCUAACCCAACUCCGAAUGCUGUGUAAAACGCUAUAACAUCAAAAUGUACUCAAUUUGCAAGAGUACGCAUCCAGCGACAGGUGUCGAGCACGCUAUUACUUGUUGCUUUUUUAAUCAGACAGAAAAAUGUCUAGUUGUAGCCAGUGCAAACAUUGUGAGAGCUUUCCAUUUGAUCCCGGAUGUCGACUCAACCAAGAAAGAGAGAUACACAGAAUCAAGACCUCCGAAAAUGAAACUUGAAUGUAUGGCUCAGUAUACGUUGCAUGGAAACGUAAUGUCAAUGCAGGCUGUUAGGCUCGUUGGAUCUCAGAGGGAUUCUUUGCUCCUCAGCUUCAGGGAUGCAAAACUGUCCGUCGUAGAGUAUGACCUGGACAUGCAUGAUCUGAGGACUGUUUCUUUGCAUUUUUUUGAAGAGGAAGAAAUGAGGGAUGGCUGGACCAAUCAUCACCACAUACCUAUAGUAAGGGUAGAUCCUGAAGGUAGAUGUGCCGUUAUGCUUGUUUAUGGCAGAAAAUUGGUCGUUCUUCCUUUCCGAAAGGAUCCUAUUAUCGAUGACGGAGAUUUAGUUGAGCCUAUGAAACCCUCGUCUCACAAGGCCCCAAUACUUUCCUCAUACAUGAUAGUUCUCAAAACGCUAGAAGAAAAAAUGGACAACAUCAUAGACCUACAAUUCUUACACGGAUACUAUGAACCCACUUUGCUUAUUUUGUACGAACCCGUCAGAACAUUUGCUGGGCGCAUAGCGGUGAGACAAGACACAUGUGCAAUGGUUGCGAUAUCACUCAAUAUCCAGCAGAAGGUUCAUCCCAUUAUUUGGUCUGUCUCAAAUUUGCCUUUUGACUGCUGUCAGGCAGUACCUGUCAAAAAACCUCUUGGAGGAACGCUCAUCAUGGCCAUAAAUUCUCUGAUAUAUCUUAACCAGAGUAUACCACCUUAUGGGGUUUCUCUCAACAGUUUGGCAGAGACCAGCACCAACUUUCCACUCAAGCCACAGGAGGGUGUAAAGAUGAGUCUGGAAGGCGCUCAGGUGGCUUUUAUAUCUACGGACCGUUUGGUAAUAUCAUUAAAAACUGGAGAGCUUUACGUUCUGUCGUUAUUUGCCGAUAGCAUGAGAUCCGUACGUGGUUUUCACUUCGAUAAAGCUGCAGCCAGCGUUUUGACAUCGUGUGUCUGCACGUGCGAGGACAAUUAUCUCUUUCUUGGUUCAAGACUCGGGAAUUCUUUGUUAUUGAGAUUCAUGCAGAAGGAAACCGAAGGCAUCAUGCCUUUAAACAACUCAGAGAUAACUCUAGAUGAUGAUGAAGAGGAUGAAUCUGUCACUGACAAGGUUGGAAAUGUAAGAAAGGUGAACAAUGACAGUGUAGAAGAUGGAGAUCAAGAUAACCAAAAGGACGACAAUGAUAAUGAUGACGAUGCCAAUGGCGGAGAAACACCAGCUAAAAAAAUAAAGCAAGAUUACCUUGGGGAUUGGAUGGCUUCAGAUGUGCUAGAUAUCAAAGAUACUGAGGAGCUGGAAGUAUACGGAAGCGAAACUCAAGCUUCUAUCCAAAUAACUUCUUACAUCUUCGAAGUCUGUGACAGUCUUCUCAAUAUCGGACCUUGCGGUAAUAUAUCAAUGGGUGAGCCAGCCUUUCUUUCUGAAGAAUUUUCUCAUAACCAAGAUCCUGAUGUUGAACUUGUCACGACUUCCGGAUAUGGUAAAAACGGUGCUCUAUGCGUUCUCCAGCGGUCUGUAAGGCCCCAAGUAGUCACCACGUUUGAGCUUCCUGGAUGCGAAGAUAUGUGGACUGUUAUUGGUGCGGUGAACAAUGAAGAGCAAGCAAAAGCUGAAAUAGAAGGAACGCACGCAUUUUUAAUACUCAGUCACGAAGAUUCUACCAUGAUCCUGCAAACCGGACAAGAAAUCAACGAAGUCGAACAAAGUGGGUUCAGCACGCAAGGCACUACUGUCUUUGCUGGAAAUCUCGGAGCAAAUAAAUACAUCGUUCAAGUAACACAGAUGGCAGUGAGGCUCAUGCAAGGACUAGAACAAAUUCAACAUAUCCCUUUGGAUCUCGGCUGUCCAAUCGUGCACGCUAGUUGCGCCGAUCCCUAUGUUACAAUUUUAAGCAAAGAUGGUCAAGUUAUGUUAUUAACACUCAGAGAAGGCCGCAGCGCACCACGACUUCAUAUUUAUCCUGCAAACCUCCUAUUCAGACCACAAAUCGAGACUCUCUGCGCCUACAGAGAUGUCAGCGGUAUUUUUACUACCCAUCAUCCGGAUGAUUCUGAAGACACGGAAUUCCCCAGAGAGGAAAAACCAAACGAUGAACCAAUUUUUGCUGGGACCGUUGACGACGAGGAUGAACUUCUCUAUGGUGAUGCACCUGCCUUUCAAAUGCCUGUCCCCCCACGUGUGAAAACUCAUGAUGGGACCAAUAAGAAAUUACCCUGGUGGCAGAAACAUUUGCAAGAAAUAAAGCCAACUUUCUGGCUUCUUGCAUAUCGAGACAGUGGUACUCUGGAAAUAUAUUCACUUCCAGAACUCAGACUCUGUUAUUUGAUUCGUAACUUUGGCUUUGGGCAAUAUGUGUUACACGAUAGCAUGGAAUCAACAACACUGAUGACUUCGCAAUCUAAUGAACUUCCUUGUUCAGAAAUGCAAGUGAGGGAAAUUCUCAUGGUUUCCCUUGGUCACCAUGGAAGCAGGCCUAUGCUUUUGGUCAGAACUGAUUCGGAGAUACAAAUCUAUCAAGCUUAUCGAUACUCAAAGGGUCAUUUAAAACUCCGAUUUCGAAAACUGGACCAUUCAAUUAUUCCAGGACAGAUCAGGCCAAAACCGAAAAAUGAAAGCGAACUCAACAUGAAUACUACACGUGUGUGCAUGAUGCGAUACUUUAGCAACAUUGCUGGAUAUAAUGGAGUCUUUCUUUGCGGAGGAUACCCGCACUGGAUAUUCCUUACAGGACGUGGAGAGCUUCGAGCCCACCCUAUGGGAAUUGAUGGCGCUAUCACUUCUUUUGCACCAUUCAACAACGUAAAUUGUCCACAAGGUUUUUUAUACUUCAAUGGAAAAGAAGAGCUCAGAAUUUGUGUGUUGCCCACGCACUUGUCUUACGAUGCUCCGUGGCCAGUUAGAAAAGUCCCAUUACGCUGCACUCCGCAUUUUGUAACUUAUCAUCUAGAAAGUAAAACUUAUUGUGUUAUAACCAGCAUAGCUGAACCACUCAAAAGCUAUUAUAAGUUUAACGGAGAGGACAAAGAAUACACGGAGGAAGAAAGAGACGAGCGGUUUUUGUAUCCUAUGCAAGAUCAAUUCUGCAUUGUAUUAUUUUCUCCAGUGUCAUGGGAGACUAUUCCGAAUACAAAAAUAGAACUUGAUCAAUGGGAACAUGUAACUUGCUUGAAAAAUGUAUCCUUAGCAUAUGAGGGCACAAGGUCUGGCUUAAAAGGCUAUAUUGUACUUGGUACCAAUUAUAACUACGGAGAAGAUAUAACUAGCCGGGGGAGAAUUCUAAUAUUUGAUAUCAUAGAAGUAGUUCCUGAGCCUGGCCAACCCCUUACAAAAAAUCGAUUCAAACAAAUCUAUGCCAAGGAACAGAAGGGCCCGAUAACAGCAAUCACUCAAGUUUCUGGAUUUCUCGUUUCUGCGGUUGGACAAAAAAUCUAUAUAUGGCAGCUCAAGGACAACGAUCUAGUUGGCGUUGCUUUUAUUGAUACGCAAAUCUACAUCCACCAGAUGCUAAGCAUUAAGAGUCUGAUUCUCGUUGCUGACGUUUACAAAUCUAUAAGCUUGCUCAGAUUCCAGGAGGAAUACAGGACCCUUUCUCUCGUGAGCCGGGAUUUCAGACCUGCUGAGGUCUAUACGAUUGAAUAUCUAAUUGAUAAUAACAAUUUAGGCUUCCUUGUGGCUGAUGGAGAGAACAAUUUGGCUCUUUUUAUGUACCAGCCUGAGUCUAGGGAAAGUUUAGGUGGGCAAAAGCUCAUCAGAAAAGCGGAUUUCCACCUCGGACAAAAAGUUAACACUUUUUUUAGAAUCAGAUGCAAACUUGCAGACCCUGGGAAUGACAGAAAACAUUUCACUGGCGCAGACAGAAGGCAUAUUACUAUGUAUGCAACGUUGGAUGGAAGUCUUGGUUACGUGCUUCCUGUACCUGAGAAAACUUACCGGCGACUCUUGAUGUUGCAGAAUGUUCUAGUUACCCAUAUUUCACACACCGCAGGAUUGAAUCCUAAAGCCUAUAGGACUUACAAGAGCUACAUAAGGAUGCAAGGAAACCCGGCACGAGGAAUAAUCGAUGGUGAUUUAGUCUGGAAAUAUCUUCUUUUACCAAAUAACGAGAAGAUAGAAGUUGCCAAAAAAAUAGGGACCAAAGUACAGGAAAUUAUUGAAGACAUUACAGACAUCGAUCGUCAAACUGGUCACUUCUGAGUCGGCAUUCAAUCUGGAGAUUUUGGAAUUUCAGAACACUAAGAUGGUCUUGGAGUUCGCAAAAACUUGUUCUUCAAUGUUUCGCAAGGCUCUCUUAUUAUUCAAAUCUGAAAGACUUAUUAAAUUCUGGAUAGGGUGUAUGGUAAACUGCAAAAGAAAUUUUGUGGGCAUACACAGAGACUAAGCAACCGCUUUCUGCUAGUAGCAAAGUCUUCGUUUCCUAGCUGUAGCAUAAUGACGACAAAUCCCUGAGGUUAAUUAUCUUCAUUUUACAGACGUCUAACAGAUAAUGUCUUAAAUAAAGCAUCUCUGCAUUUGUAA